AUGUUUGAACGAAUGACUGGAAAUGGUAAUGGAAAUAAGAUGAAUAUGAGGAUUGCGAUUCUUGAUGAGUUACUGAGCAGGGAAAUGGAUGGAAGCAGUGAUGGAUCAUCAGCAAGGGUAAAUUCAUUGAAGCAUGUUAUUAAAAGAAACAAAAUGGAUAUGGCCGAUGAUGCAGCUUCCUCAUUGGAUCUUAUGAGACGAAUAUUUCAAGCUGAAAUCUCACGAGAAAUUCAUCAAAUCAUGGAAAGACACACUAGAACAACCCUCUUGCCAGCAAUCGAGAAUCUUCGUAAGAAUGGACACGUUGUAGAUGAAACCGUUUUGAAUGGAUUGUAUUGCAACAUAUUGGAAGCAUCAAAGAAGCCCUAUCAGAAGGAUCCAGAACCAACUCCACCGCCGAGCACAAAUGGAAAUGGAUUUCUUGAUAUUGGUAUUCAAGAUCUCGAGACUCACGAGAACAAUUUGAAGAGAGGAUACGAGUCAGACAGCUCAGAUGUCUCCGGUGUAAGUCACUGCUCUGACGCUAAACGUCGUCGGGGCCGCCCACGUAAAGAUGAAGAAGCAUAUCGACUAGAGAUGACACCACCGACAAUGAACGAGGUUAUUAGAUGGAAUCCGGAUCGUAUCGACGUGAACACUCGUUUUGUGACUGCUACAAAGAUUGCACAAGUGUUAGGAAUGCCACCAUCUAUACUGUUCAAUAAAUAUCCACGAAUGUUCAGAUACUCCUGCGAUGAAGACGACAAGAACAUUCUUCACGAUCAGAACCGGCUGAUUCGGGCACCUGGCCGAUGCUAUCUGCUUGUUGCUGAAGAUGCCCGUCAACUUGUGUCCCCUACCUAUUUCCAAGAAAUCCUCGGCGCUUCCUUCCUCAUCUCCGAGCCACUUCUCUCAAAAAUUCGUCAAAAAGCUGGAUUGACAUAUGAAAAGUACAAAGUAUUCCUUCCACAACAGCCCAGUUUCAUUUAA